CUGAAUGCGUCAGGGGCGCAGAGCGGCUGUCAGCGGUGGAUGAGGGAGAUUAUCCUCCCUUACGGACACUCAGAGUUAACGCGGAUCCAAACAGGCAGGAGGCCGCUGGUGACUCAAAAUGGGAAACGCCGAUACCAAACUUCACUUCAGAAAAGCGGUGAUUCAGCUCACAACCAAAACUCAGCCGGUAGAAGCCACAGACGAUGCCUUCUGGGACCAGUUCUGGGCCGACGGCUCCACCACCGUCCAGGACAUUUUCGCUCUGGUGCCGGCGGCGGAGAUCCGAGCUGUCAGAGAGGAAUCUCCGUCAAACCUGGCAACCCUCUGCUACAAGGCGGUGGAGAAGCUGGUCCAGGGCGCAGAGUCCGGCUGCCCCUCGGAGAAACAGCGGCAGGUUGUCCUGAACUGCAGCCGCCUGCUCACCCGCAUCCUGCCCUACAUCUUCGAGGACGCCGACUGGAGAGGCUUCUUCUGGUCCACCGUGCCCGGAGCCGGCAGGGCGGGGCGCCUUGAUGAAGACGAUGACGAUGAUGAAGCACGGCCGUUGGCUGAGUCCCUGCUGCUGGCCAUCGCCGACCUGCUCUUCUGUCCAGAUUUCACAGCUCAGAGGCAGAAGAAGAGCAGCCCGGAUGCAGCUGAGGACAUUCGAUCCAUAGACAGCUGUGAGUACAUCUGGGAGGCCGGCGUGGGCUUCGCUCAGUCACCUCCUCUGAACUACGUCCACGACCUGAACAGGACUGAGCUGCUGAAGCUGCUCCUCACCUGUUUCUCUGAGGCCAUGUACCUUCCUCCAUCCUCUGAAAGAAAAAACAUCAACCCCUGGGUCUCCUUCUUCUGCUCCUCAGAAAACAGACAUGCCCUGCCUCUGUUCACCUCCCUGCUCAACGUGGUGUGCGCCUACGACCCCGUGGGCUACGGCAUCCCGUACAACCACCUGCUGUUCUCCGACCACCGGGAGCGGCUGGUGGAGCAGGCGCUGCAGAUCCUUAUCGUCACUCUGGAGCAGGAGGCCGGGUCGGGCGCCAGCGCCACCCUACGGGCCCUGGACGGCUCCGCAUCGCCUUCAGACGUGGAGGAGCAGCAGCCGGCGGAACCUGAAAACCUCUUUGUGAAUUAUCUCUCGAGGAUACACAGAGAAGAGGACUUGAGCUUCAUCCUGAAAGGUCUGGCACAGCUGCUCAACAAUCCUCUCGUCCAGACUUACCUGCCGCAUUCCACCAAGAAGAUCCAGUUCCAACAGGAGCUGCUGAUCCUCUUCUGGAAGUUCUGUGACAUCAACAAGAAGUUCCUGUUCUUUGUGCUGAAGAGCAGUGAUGUGCUGGACAUGCUGGUUCCCAUCCUGUUCAACCUGAACAGCGCCAGAGCCGAUCAGUCUCGCGUGGGGCUCGUGCACAUCGGCGUGUUCAUCCUCCUGCUGUUAAGCGGAGAGAGAAACUUCGGCGUUCGGCUGAACAAGCCGUACACCCUCAGAGUCCCGAUGGACAUCCCUGUUUUCACGGGAACCCACGCCGACCUGCUCAUCGUGAUCUUCCACAAAAUCAUCACCAGUGGACAUCAGCGACUCCAGCCUCUGUUUGACUGCCUGCUCACGAUCAUAGUGAACAUUUCACCUUAUCUGAAGAGCCUGUCCAUGGUGGCAGCCAACAAGCUCCUCCACCUCCUGGAGGCCUUUUCCACCACCUGGUUCCUGUUCUCCCUGCCCCAGAACCACCACCUGGUCUUCUUCCUGCUGGAGGUCUUCAACAACAUCAUCCAGUAUCAGUUUGAUGGUAACAGUAACCUCGUGUACGCCAUCAUCCGGAAGCGGAACAUUUUCCACCAGUUGGCCAACCUGCCGUCUGACGCAGCGUCUAUUCAGAAGGCUCUGCAGAAGAAGAAAAAUUCUGCAGUUUCCAGGACCAACUCAAUCGUGCCAGAGUCCAUGGAGGGCUCCACACCUGCUGCACCUGCUGAGCCUGGCACACUGAAAGCCAGCUUAGAGGACACUCCAGGCAUUGAUAAGAUAACAGAGAAGGCCCAGGUGAGUGAGGACGGCACCAUGGUGACUGUGCCACAUUCAGACUCUCCAAAGACCAGCGCCGACAGCAGUGCUGCUGCUGGAGCCGGCGACACGAGUCACGAGUCCAGCUCAAAGAGAGACCACGAGGUGGACCACGCAGAGCCAGAGGCAGCAAGGAGUCGGUUGUCGAGUGUGUCCUCAUCAGCAGCCUGGAGAGCUAAUCCAGACUGGGUGUUGGCAUGGAAAGCGAAGCUCCCUCUCCAGACCAUCAUGCGGCUCUUACAAGUUCUGGUUCCUCAGGUGGAGAAGAUCUGCAUCGACAAGGGUUUGACAGACGAGUCAGAAAUCCUGAAGUUCCUGCAGCACGGCACGCUCGUCGGCCUCCUGCCCGUCCCUCAUCCCAUCCUCAUCAGGAAGUACCAGGCGAACGCCGGCACAGCCAUGUGGUUCCGCACCUACAUGUGGGGAGUCAUCUACCUGCGCAACGUGGAUCCUCCAAUCUGGUACGACACGGACAUAAGGCUGUUUGAGAUCCAGAGGGUUUAAAUGUCCAGCUGUCCUCACACAGACACCUCACUCACACCUGAGCUGUGAGCACAGCAACAGCUCACAUCUUAUCUAAAAGGAAACCAGCAGUGCUGACCUUCGCUCUUCCUGCCAGCUGUGAGGGUUUAGACAAACGUGAAAAAUGUCUGAAUGUGUCAAAACUUUGAGUUACUGCACAUCUCGUACAACCUGUGGUAUGAGUGGAUGCAGUAGAGGCCAAAUGGUCAUUAAAUCUGACACCCGAUGAGACGUUUGCUGAAUAUUUAAGAUUUAUUCAUCGCGUUUUACGAAGUGACGCCGUUGUGCCGAAGCCUUUCACACGCGUGCUGAAAGGAAACCGAAUGUGGUCUGAUGAGGGACUGAAAACUGCAUACUGCUUCAUCAUGUAAAUACAAAAUGUUGUACACUGCAUUAAAAACUGAUGGGUUUCAGCUCGGA